UCUCUUAGAUAACACACUGCGCAAUGGAUAUUUAUUUCCCUUCUGGCUUUACAAUGUGUAGAGAAAUAACAGGGCUGUCAAACACUUGCUUGGAAAGGGCCAAAAGAUUAAAAGCAUGCGUGGGUGGAUUUCUGCAGAGACAGGACUUAAGCAGCCUAUGUAAAUAUAGAAAACCAAGGUUGACCUUGGAGGAAUGUCUAAUGUGGAAAGUGUCUCUCGAGAAGCUUCUGUCGAGCAAACAUGGACUGUAUGCUUUCAGAGCGUUCCUGGUGUCCGAGUUCAGUGAAGAAAACAUUGCCUUCUACUUGGCCUGUGAGGACUACAAAAACACAAAGUCUCCAGCUAAGAUGCCAUCCAAAGCAAAGAGGAUUUACGAGGAGUUUAUCGGAAGUGAAGCACCUAGAGAGGUUAACAUUGACUACGAGACCCGAGAUAUUACUCAAGCCAACCUGCAAAGCCCAACAGCAUCCUGUUUCGACACAGCCCAGUACCGCAUCUAUAUUCUCAUGGAAAAAGACUGCUACCCACGAUUCCUCCGCUCUGCUUCAUACCGAAAUCUGCUCAACCAGCUCACAGUGAAGAGCACCAAGGGACGAACCAGAAAGGCCAUUGAGCUCAGACCUUCCAGAGCAGAAGAAGAACCGAAAUGAGAAAAACUGAUGCAUUUUGGCUCUAGAAUAGAUGGAAGCUCAGGCAUGAAAAGAAAGAGAGUGGUGUAGAUCCUUAAAAAGGUUUGAGGUCAAUGGAGCACCAUAAGACGAAGAGAAGCGUGUGACGGAAUCACUGCAUUCCCAAAUCCGCUAAAAUUGUCCAGCAGAGGGAAGAGCAGAUCUGCUUGUGGAGAGAGAUGAAGAUGAACUCAGCAUGAAGAGAAUGCUGACGGACUCUAAUGGACAAUCAAUGGGCUGAAAAGCACACAGCAUCUUUUGUGUUUUGUAAAGAUUUAAUUUUUUACAUGGAUAAAUGUGUCAAUAUUUAAUGUGUUAUUUAUGCUUUUUAAAAAUGACCAACAAUUAAUGACCUUAAAGUAUUGAGAUGAAACAGUAUCAUGGCACAGUGAUGAUAUAUUUGAUUAAAAGAAGAGAUUUAUAUAUACUAUCAAAACCAAGCCAUCAUGAAAAUGUUUUUAAAUGGUACAAUAAAAAAGUGACAAUCUGCAAAGAGGCACAACUUAAUGUCAAAAGUUUUUGUGCAACUAUUUAUUUUGGUGUUUUUUACCUUCUCUUUUAAAUGUAUUUGUUAACUAAAUGUUAAAUUUAAAUAAAUAAAUUUUACAUGAA